AUGUAAACAUCAUAAUUUAUCUCUAGGCUCCAAGAGUAUCAAUUAAUCCAGAAUGUCUAAUAAUAAGUGCAGAGAAUUCAAAAAAAAUAUCCGUUAAUCUCCAAUAUUAAUGAGUUUUAAAUAGACCUUGUAGGCUUGUUCUCUAUUCAAAGUUCAGAAUCUUUAAAAAAAUAAUUGAUCACCUUACUUCAUCAAUAUAAAUUGCCCAUCCAAUCCUUAGACUUUAAUCAAUUCACUAGAAAAGAAAAUUAAAUAAUCAUAAUCAGCAACAAUGCAGAAAUUAAAUUGGCUAUAAAUGGAAGAUUCAUUUACAAUCAUCUUGAACAUAACACUUCUUACUAGAUCUUUCCCAACAAAUGCAUAUAUCAUGGUCAAGUUAACAAUAAAAAACCCAAUGGAGAAGGAAGUUUCAGAUGGGACAAUGGUGAAUAUUAUAUUGGUUAAUGGUCAAAUGCUCAGAAGCAUGGCUUUGGCCAAUGGAAAGGAACACAAGAUGACUAUUAUAUUGGUUAGUGGGUUAACGGACAAUAAGAUGGAUUAGGUGAACACAAGUGGAAUGGAGAUGUCUAUUUUGGUCAAUGGAAGAAUUCAGUUAAAAAUGGUUAUGGAGUUGAACAAUUUCAGAAUGGCGAUAAGUAUAUUGGCAACUACUAUUUUGGCAAGCCACAGGGACAGGGGGAAUAUAGAUGGGUUGAUGGUUCCAUCUAUUAAGGACAAUUCUUAGAAGGAAUGAGACAUGGCUAUGGCAGAUACGUUAAUAAAAAUGGCAUCGUUUACGAAGGAGAAUAUUAAAAUGAUGUAAAGCAUGGCAUUGGAAAAAUAACACAUCUAGAUGGAAAUCAUUAUUAGGGCUCCAAUGCCAAUGAUAGUAGAAAUGCUUAAGGAGUACGUGAAUACUCGAAUGAUCAGAUUGAUGAUAGCAAUUAGAAAUAAAAUAAAUUCCUGUCUCACAAUUCAAAAAGCCAAGAGAAACCUAAAUAAGAAUUUACUUAAAGAGAAAAUAGAUCAAACUCAUCUUCAUAGAAUUAUUAAUCAAAUAUAUACUCAACCUAUCUGAACACUUAUCAAAAUGCUAAUCUAUCACUUCAAACUAAUAAGUUAAGAUAAUUAUAAUUGCCUGGUUACCUAAAAUAAAAUAGUAAAGUUGUAAGCUAAUCCAAACGUACUUACUCAAUGAAUUAAAAAAGGAUUACUUAACGAUGCUAAGUUAAAUAAAAUUAUAAAUCCGCUUCCAUAGACUUGGAAGAUAUUUACAAUGGAGAUGCCUAUAGAACUAUCAAAAAGAAGCAAACUAGCUUCAGAGAUAAUAGUAAUUUGUAUUUAAUAAAUAACAAUAAGAAAUCUAUUAAGAAUGUAUUUGUUUAUUGA